AUGGGUCGCGCGGAAGCUGGGUCGGCGAAAGCCAUCGGAAACAAGAUUAAGGCGAAGGGAUUAGGUCGUUUGAGAUGGUACUGUCAAGCCUGUGAGCGCCAAAUGCGAGACGCCAAUGGAUUCAAGUGCCAUAUUACUAGUGAAAGUCAUGUCCGCCAAAUGUUGAUCCUCGGAGAAAAUGCGCCCAAGGCAAUCAGCGACUUCAGCCAGCAGUUCACCGACAACUUUGUGAACUGCUUAAGAACUCAGCACGGCGAAAAGAAAGUCCAUAUCAACCACUUCUACAAUACUAUCAUCGCCGAUCGCGAGCACAUUCACAUGAAUAGUACCAGAUUCACAUCCCUUACACAAUUCGCCCAAUACCUAGGCAAAAACGGAAUCUGUCGAGUGGAAGAGACUGAGAAAGGACUAUUCGUAUCAUGGAUCGACAACUCGCCCGAAACAUUGCGGAAAAGAGAGGCCAUUCAAAAGAAAGAAAGGGAAGAGAAGAAUGACGAGCAGCGAGAGCAAAAGAUGAUCUUGGAGCAAGUGGAGCGCGCCCGGAACGCCGCAAAGGAUAUGAAAUCCUCCGCCGAAGAAGAAGACGCCGAUGCAAAACUACUCCAUCGAGAAGACGGAGAAAAAUUGACCCUGAAUCUAGGCCUUGGGCCAAAGAAAACUGAUAAAAAGCCCGAUUCGCCAGAGUCAGAAGCAAAGGAUGUAUCGGGGAUCGAUUCACCUGCUGAGACGACGCCUGCGCCUAAGAUCUCUAUGUCUUUUGGCGCUCAAAAACCGAAAAAUGUGUUUUCGGCUGCGAAAAAGAAUCCUUUGGCUGGGAAGAAGGGGCCCAUGCUUGUGCAGCCUAAGAAGAUGACUGAGCAGGAGAGGAUUAUGAAGGCUGAGAUGGAGGCUAUGGAGCGGAAACGGUCUCGUCCAGCUUCUGGGUUUGCGGACCAGAAACGUCCUAGGCUUGCUUAA